AUGGCAGAACUUGCCAAAGCCGGGCUCCUUCCGGACAUCUUUGCGGCGAUGAUGGAGCAUCCGCCGGUGGUGGGUCUGGGCGGAACGACCCUGCCGCAGGGUCGCGAGCCUUCGGAUGUGCAGCCUCCCAGGGAUCCAAGGUUUCAGUCGAUGAGCAUCCCGGGGUACAACAUGAAGCCGGUGAACCGCUAUGAAGAGCGUGCCUUGCGCAUGUGGGGCGAUGAAGAGAUCGAGGAAAACUGGGACCCGGUGAGGCUGGGCCUAUCCUACAUCGACCUGACCCCGGCCUGCGAUCUGCCGCUGCAGGUCGCCAUGUGCUUCCUGAGCGCAGCCUUGUGGCUCUGGAGAGCCUUGGAGCUGUUGGGCGAUAACUGUGGAGGCGACGGCUGGCUGGACAUCUACGUCUUCGAGGAUAUUUGGUCUGCUCCGGAAGCUGCAAAGCGCCUGGCCAUGCAAUACAGCCUGAAACGCGCAGUUCUGGAGCUCGUGGACUACGCAGCCAACAUGGCCGAGCACCAGCUUUUGCCCGGUGCCCGGCUGGCCGUCCAACGCAGUGGGUACCUGCUGCUGCGGAAGGUCACUGCACGCUUCGGCGUCGCAGAAGACGGUCCGAAAGUCAUGGCUCAGCUGAAACGCUACUUCGCGGCUGCUCGGGUGAACCCGCUUUGGUCGCCACCGGUGCUUCCGGUCUCCGAUGCUGUUUUCAUCGACAUCUUGUCAGGCAGGCUGCAUGCAGCCUUCCUCGAAAAGCUGCAUUCCUUCACCCAUGAGUCGGACUCGUCGGUUCUGCCUCAAGCUGUGCCAGAGUACACACUCUACGAAGCAGCACUACUUGGUGGAGGUGAGGUCAACAUGACCUUUGCACGUUAUGAGCUGAUGGGCGCUUUGCUCCGCGACACGCGCAACACGUGGUCACAAGUUGAGUCCCUGCUCAGCGACGCCCCGUUCCACCAGGACGCCGCAGGCUUCGUGUCCGACCAGCGGCCGAGACCAAAAUGGGCCUCCCUCGUGGCCGAGUUCUCAGCGGUACGUGGCCUUCGAGUGGAUGCCGGCACCGGCACAGCGACCCUAUUGCUGUCAAGGCCCUCGGCCGCUGCGCCAGCGCUCUUCUCCUUGGCGGACAUGGCUGCAGUUCUCGCGUUGGAGGACACGGAGCCCAUGGCUGUUGUGCUGGACCCUCCGUCUCAGCCUGGGGCGGGGAUGGCGGAAUAUCCCCACCAUCCAUUUCAGCGCGUCACCGUGAGCCCGGGUGCAGGUGCCAGCAGCCGCUUAGCCGAAACCUCGCUCCUGCAUGCGGCCAUGGCGAUACAGCAGCUGGCAUCCGGAACCGAGGUUGCCUUCAGAGCACCUUUUCCAACACGAGACUGCGCUCGUGGCCUCUGUAAGGCGCUGCCGAAGUCGCUUCGGUCCAAGCUGUCGCCCAUUUCGCACCUGCGCACGGAGGCGUGGGAUGUACCUUCCAGGUUGGUCAUGGAGUGCCCGAGGAUACCGUACUGGCAAGUUCCCGCUGCAGGCAAUGUGCUGGAAGUCAGGUUUGGAGAGCCCAAACUGGAGGUCCAUGCCGGGGAGCCGUUGCGGGAGCUGAACGAAGAGGAAUUCAGGAAGUGGCCCACCAGCCGCCUCCAAUCGGCGCUGAAGCAGAUUCAGUCAGAGCUUGUGGGCACGGAUCCGCAGGAUGAGCUUCCGCCCCUGGAGAAGCAGGAGCUCGUCGAUCGUCUCCUCCGUGCAGCGAAGAGGGGCUUACUCGUCGAAGACGAGGAGGAGUCAAAAGACCCCUUGAUUCGCUUCUCUCGACGGCUCAUGCAUCACCUGGCCGAGGUUGGCCAGCGCUGGCCACACUUGGCACGAAUCGCACCUUUCUGCGCAUUGCGUGCUGCUGGCCUCAUAAUACGAAUGCAGCUGCAGCAGAUGAAGGAGUCCGUCAAGGAGCAGCAGGAGGGUCUGAAGGAGGCCUCGAAGCAGCACGCCGACGGUGUGAGGUUUCAGCAACAUCAAGGUUGGCGAGGAGUGCUGGGUGAGGUCCACGCAGGUGUGCUGAGUCAGCUUGGCUUCGUGGACUUGGAUCACGGUCGAUGCUUCGAAGGCAAGAUCCAAACCUUCGCCGACUGCUGCAGCGUCGGCGACUUCGAAGAUCAAUGCUGGGGCGCUGGAUCGGAUCUUUCAGCACGUGACAAGGACCGCUGCUGCGGCGGUGCCGCAGGGCGCCGCACGCUGAGCCCACAGCUCGUUGCCUCCGUCGCGGCACAGUUGGGAAGCGCUUCCCCGAAGAAGCCGCCCUCGGAGGUGCUGGUUCCGGCAGUGGAUGCCUGGUUGAAGGACCCGGCUGGCAGACUGCCCAGUGGCGAGACCUGCAGCAUGGCCCUGAUCUACUUGCUUGCGGAGGAUGUUUCUGCAGAGGAUGUUCUCCAUCAGCAGGGUCAGAAUCUGAAGGCGCCAGGAGAGAAGCUUGCUCGCGAUCUGAAAUCCAUGCAGGGAGCCCCUGGCAUAGUUGGACAAGACAGCCACGAGAGCUGGAUCCCUGUGCCCACGCUGGCUGCAUCAGGGGGCCGCCGGGCUCUCUACACGACCAUCGCCCUCUCUCCGCAGCUUCUGCCCCUGGAGCCCGACGAAGCCGAGGCCGCGGAGGCGAACGCGCGGACCCGCACGCCGGGCCCCUGGGAGGAGGCCCCAGGAAAGCUGGCGGUCCGGCUGGAGGACGCCUCGGAGUCGGCUUUGCAGAAGCUGCUGGCGAAAGAGGCCGCCCACUUCGCGAGGCACGAGGCCUCUCCCACCCUCCGGGCGCUGCACGAGGCAGCAUCCUUGCUGAAAGAACUGGAUCAUCGCAGCGAGGAGCUGGAGGGACAGAGCGGCAAAGAGUCGGCCCAGCACCUGGCCGAGUGUUCUGCCGGCUGGCGUGAGCUCGGUGAGGCCGAGAUUCGGCGGCUGACGCCGAAGAGUCGUCUAAGACUCCGCCAGCGCGGCGGCGAGGAUCCCAGUGGCCGAGAAGUUCUACUGCUGGCUCAGCUGCGGGUCAGCGGCGAGCCUGGGACCCAGGACACUGUCUGGGAAGUGCAGAUGCUGGACGGAAGUGAGCCCAAAGUCCAGUACUUUAACUUGCUGCGGUCAGACUUCGCCGGAACCCGGCCGGAUGUCAACGCCAGCGAGGCGGAUGCCCGGCUCGAUACUCUUGGGCAGGACCACGUCCAGGCGCUGGUUGCUUCGGGGGUUUAG